AUGACGCAGCAAUCAUCGGUUACACAAGAUGCGGCCCUUUUGGAUUCGAUUGAUACAUCCUCGGCGAUGAAUCUCCACAAGUCCAACUUGAUGCGAAUGCAAGUUGCUGAACUCCUUGACGAAUGUCAACUUGACCUCCAAAGUCGCAGAUGGGCAUCAGAUGCGAACGAAUACUUGCAGAUGAUCUCGCGUUUGGUUCCAAAGACCGCUUUUAAGAUGGAAAAGCUCAAGGACAAGGCUGAUAAGCCCAUUUCUCUUGAAAUUCAAAGAGACAAUCCGUUGACAGUGGAGCCGAUCGGAUUGACUAAAACGCCCAUUGCCUGGACCAAAAAAUCAGGAAAUGCACAGGUUCUACCGACAUUUGAUCUCUGUGUCAAAGUUCCAGAAAUUUCCAUAUCGAAGAAGGAUUAUCUGAAUCAUCGCUAUAUCGACAAACGAAAAUACGUCAUAGAACAAGUGGCAAAAUGUCUAUGUAAGAAUGCAGAGACAGUGGGCAAUAUUGAAUAUCUUUGGUUGAAGGGAUCAGACCGUGCCCCAGUUUUGAGACUGGUUCCUCCGAACAAUGGGAAAUCUCCAAAAUUCCAAGUUCACUUGCAUUUUGGAAUGCAUUCAAUCGAUUGGAUUCCAAAACUUCGACUUGUCCCAAACAGAUCCAAUGUGAAAGCUGCAUUGUCUUCAUUCGAAACGCAGCAGUACAAUCAUGCCAUUAUGUUUGACGCUCGUCACCAGUUCGAAGAUAACCAUCUCAGCUCACUUGUCGAUCUAGAAAAUAUCCAAGCGUCACUUGUGCUAGUUCAGGUUUGGGCGCUUCAGAGAGGUCUUUGGCGAAAUCAUGACGGGUGGACGAAAGAGUGCUUCGCUUUGCUUCUUGUUUAUCUUCUCAGGACGCACAAAAUCAACACUCGGAUGACGCCAAUACAGUUGAUCACUGUUCUUUUCCAGACUUUGGCAGAAACCGAAUGGCUUGGAGAAGAAGCUGUUGAGGACACAAAUAUGAGAUCUGUAGAGCGGCAGAUAUCUAGAACCGCCAACCAUGCGCACGGGCGACGAACUGUGCUUGUAUUGCCUUCCGAAGGUGUCAGCGAGAAGGAGACCAUUCGGCAAUCUGCACUGGCUCGGGUUUAUGAGCAGCAAACCAGGGAUUCGCCGUUAACAAAAAACGACCCACGUACUCUGCUUGAUGCAUACGCGUCGGUUGCUUCUUACCAUCUUGGCCCGGUCUUUUUGGAUUCGACAUUGUGCUACAAUUUCUUGGGAGAUGUGUCGCCAAACUACACAAGGCUACUUCAGACGCACGCAAGAAGAAGUCUUGCAAGUCUGAAGCAGCCAAGGGUGGCUUUCGCAUUCUUAUUUAUGAGGCCAAUGCGAUUUUGGAACAAUUGGGAUCUUUAUGUACAGAUUCCAAUUGACAAAUCAAAGGAAUGGGAAAGCCACUGCCGCAAACUAGUCCAAUUACUUGAUGAUGCUUUGGGUAAUCGAAUCAGAGGGUUGCGUGUUUUGAGUACUGGGAAUGGUGACGAAAACGAUGGAAAGGAAGGUGACAAUUAUUUGGCUAGGCAAAUUAGGGAUGGGGACGUCUCGUUACCACAGUUGGGUUUUCAAUCCCCAACUGGACGGCCCAGCAUAAUACUUGGUGUUUCCAUUAAUCCUGAGACAAGUCAGCGGGCUGUCGACCGAGGACCAUCAGCGGAAAAGUCAGCGGAGCUUCGUUCGUUUAAAGAUCUCUGGGGUGACAAGGCUCAGCUCCGAAGGUUCAAAGACGGUGCGAUUGUCCAUGCUGUUGUUUGGAAUGAUACUGACGCUUCUACAUUUCGAAAUGACAGCACAUUUCGAGGCGGUUAUGUUGAGAAGAUCAUGACAUACAUCGUUUCAAAACAUUUCACGAAAGCUCCAAUUCAGUUCUCUCUGUCGGAUCUCUCGUCUCUUGUGGAUGGCGUGUCGUCGUGUGAACCCUCCAUGCCGUUCGCAAACCCUGUGGCGUCUCACCAAAAAAUCAUGUCGGCAUUCAAUUCACUGUCAGAUUUCUUGCAGAAGAGCUCUCGUCUUGGCAAUGAUACAGGCUCCAAUCUUGGGCUGCCACUUGCAAUUGAUGCAGUAGAACCACUAUCUCCUUGUUUAAGGUACUCCGAGCUAUUUCCGCCUGUUCCUCACCCAUUACUGGGCGGAGAGAAAGUUAAAACAAAGAAGAUCCCUGGUGCAUUGACGUCAGAACCGAUAUUAAUUCAAAUUCGAUUCAGUGCAUCUUCGAAAUGGCCCAACGAUCUAAAGGCCAUUGGAGCAGCGAAAACAGCGAUGCUGGUUCAACUUGCAGAAGGAAUUGAGAGCUCUCGUCACGAGGGCUUUGCGGGAAGUGUUUUGGUCAACUCAUCGUAUGCUGAAGUUGGAUACAUGGGAUAUUGUUUUCGAAUCAUGGUUCGUGCUGAUCCUGAAAUUCGAAUGCUCCAAGGUCUUUCUCAGCCAAGUGCAGAAGCAAUGAAACUACUGGACGAUUAUACCAAGAAGCACGUCAUGGCUGCAACUCAUCACUCGACAAUUCACGCUGUCCAUACACUGCACCCAUCGGCCGGAACCGUCGUCCGUAUGGCUAAACGCUGGUUGGCCAGCCACAUGCUCUUUGGCCUAGUGACCAUAGAGUCUAUCGAGUUGUUGGUUGCGAAAGUGUACAGCGAAGACGAAGCCCUCCUCGCUGUUCCUGGAACUUUGCAAGCAGGCUUUCUUGCAUUUCUGUUCCUGCUAGGAAAUCACAACUGGGCAAGGGAUCCACUCAUUGUCGAUCCGCGAGGCCAUAUUGACAAUGAUGACUAUGAUGCAAUCAAUGCAGUCUUUGAAGACAUACGUGGUGAUAAGGACGAUGGGCCUGCAAUGUACAUCGUCGCGCCUUACACGAGAGUGAACUCUGAAGAUAACAAAGUGGGGAAUGACAGCGAACGGGAAUCGUGGCGACCAAGCUGCACAUCUCCGGAGUGGGUAGUCCUUUCAAGAGCAGCUGCACUUGCAAGACGAUCACACAAAGCCUUGAUCAGCUGUAUUCGAAACUUCAAAGGAUCUGACUCGCUUUCAAUUUUUCGUGAAUCGGCAACGGGAUUUAAGUCCUACAAUGUCCUUUUUCGUGUUCACCCUGAUUUUAAUUUUGACAUGAGCUCAAGCUCAACAUCAGAAUCCUUGAGGAACACCAAAAAUGAAGAAGGAAUCGUCGAAAGUGCCUACACUAGAAGUAUGAAAGCCAGAUAUGCUGGACCCAAAGCACUCGGGCGAAAGAUCUAUCGGAACCUUGAUGCGAAUGUGGAAGAGCCCCUGUGCACCUCAGGUUAUAGCACUUCUCUGGAGACCUGCGACAUUUGA